AUGGCCAGGGACGAUAAAGAGCAGUCUCCGCGGUGGCACAUCGACCUGCAGCCCUGGGCCAGCGAGAGGCCGUCUCUGCAGGAGGAAGCCAGGAGGUUCCUUCAAUACAUCACCACACCAGAAGUGCCUUGUCUUACGGAGGGAGGGGAUGAAGCAAGACUAACGGAUGCUAAAGGAGCCUGGGCGGCCUGCUUAGACCCACGCUACAGCCUGAUCCACAGCAUCAGGAGAAAACACUGCAGGGUCUAUUCCUUUGGUCUCGGAGCUGACGACCGCUCCCUGGAGAUGUCCUUGGUCCGAUCAGGAUGUGACGUUCACUGCUUCGACCCCAGUUUAAAGCAGCCGCACCUGCAGAAGGCCCAGAUGUGGCUUCACCGUUUGUCCGUGGACUGGAGGGACCCCAACCCGGCUUUAGUGUCCCAGCACCAGCACGGCAACACCAAGAAGCUCGCCACCAUUCUGAACGACUUCGGCCACAGACAGGUGGAUGUGCUGAAGGCCGACAUGGAGAGUGCAGAGUGGAAGAUCCUGGAGAACAUUAUCCUGGAGGGGGUGCUCUCCUCGGUGGGACAGCUGCUCCUGGAGGUCCACCUGCACUGGGCCGGGUUCGAGGUCCCAGGAGACGAGCCCGCUGUGGUGCGAUACUGGUUCAGUCUCCUCAAAGAACUGGAGCGCGCACACUUCCGCCUCUUCCACGUCCACAGCGACCCGACCAAACCUCAAGUCUUUUUGCACAAGAAUGUUCUAAAUGCAAGCAGCGCCUACACUUUAAGUUGGGUGAACACAAAGUGGCUCUGA